AUGGCUGCUGCAACCUCCAGCCUGUCCUGAUCGGCCGAGACGACGUCGAGGAGGCCCCGGCGGAGAAGAGGCCGACUGCGGGGAGGUGAGCGAGCGGAUGCGGGGACGAUGUGAGCCCCAUCGGCGUGUGUUUGCUGCGAGGAGGCUGAGCACAGCGAGAGGAGAGCCCGCGGUGGGCUCUGGCGAGCGGGCAACGGCGAGCCAUGGAGGGCGACGUGCGUGUUCGAGCCGUGGUGAUGACACGUGACGACUCCAGCGGCGGCUGGGUGCCCCUUGGCGGGGGUGGCCUCAGUCACGUGGUGAUAUGCAAGGGGCGAAGCCACAAGCGGAGAGAGUACGUCAUCCGCGGGGAGAGGCUGCGGGACCGAGCGCCGGUGCUGGAGUGUUCUGUGCAAAGGGGGCUGGUCUACAACAAGGUGAAUCCCAUCUUCCAUCACUGGCGGGUGGACGAGCGCAAGUUUGGUCUGACCUUCCAGAGUCCCGCAGACGCCAUCUCCUUCGAGAAGGGUCUGCAGGCAGUCAUCGACAAGCUGGACCGAGGCUCAGACUCGCCCUCGUCAUCAACGCCGGAGGAGGCGGACACAGAGGACGACGGACAAGCUUCCCAUACAGGCAGCGAGUCGUCGUCAAACAGCAGGAAGGAGAUGCUACCCAAGCCCAUCACCAUCGUGACCAGCGAGUCGUCCUCCACCUGCUUCGUGCGGGCCGACGAAUUUGCUUUUACGUCCGGCGGAACCACGCAGACGCCGGCUCAGAUCCACGCCAGGCCGGGGCAAUACCAGCUCUCGCAAAUGACCAGCGCCUUGAAUCCCCCGUCACCGCCGCCCCCGCCUCCGGCGCCACCGUCCCCUCCCGCGGGCCCGCCGGCCUCGUCACCUCUGUCCCCCCUUUCGCCCACCAUUUCCCUCCUGGAGGAGGGCGACCUGCGCAGCGUGGACCCCUGCAAGGACCUGUGGGGGUCCCGAGGAUACGAGGACUAUCGACGAGCGGGAGCCACUAGGACUAUGGUCGGGGGGCUGACCGGGGGCGUGGUCGUAGGUAGCGGGGGGAGCCUGCAGGACAAGUCGGAGCUGUGCGUGGUCCGCUUUGAGAAGGAGAUGUCCGGGUUGGGUACGGCGGGCUGCGACGUCACAGUGAGUCUGGACAGCAAGGCGGCCCAGCGUCUGUCCUCGCCUUCGCCCACCAACGUGUCCAUCCCCAACGCUGUGUCGGGCGUGUCCUCAGGGGCCGGCUCCCCCCAGGAGACCGGCAAAGGCUCCCCCUCGCCCUGCUGCAUCCACACCUCCCUGGCCACGCCCCGCUCGCGGACUCGGAAGAGGGGCGGCGCCGGGGCCUGCGGGGACCCGGGUGCCAUCUCCCCCGACGACGACAGCCCGUGCCCGCAGGCGUCGUCGUCGUGCUCGUCCCGCUGCGUGUACUGCCGCUCUGUGUUCAGCGCCUCGGAGAACGGUCGGGGCCGCUGCAGGGACGCCCCCGACCCGGCCCUGCACUGCCUGCGCCAGUGGACCUGCGUCUGGUGCGCCGAGAGCCUGCUCUACCACUGCAUGUCGGACUCCGAGGGCGAGUUUUGGGAGCCGUGCUCGUGCGACGACUCCAUGGGGGGCCACCCGCACCCCCUGUGUUGCGCUCGCUGGCUGGCUCUGGUGGCCCUGUCGCUCUUCGUGCCCUGCAUGUGCUGCUACCUGCCUUUGCGCGCCUGCCUGCGUUGUGGCGAGAGGUGCGGCUGCUGCGGGGGAAAGCACAAGGCGGUACGAUGA